AUGCACAGCCUGCUGACUCUGUGCGCCUUGGGAGCGCUUUCACUCCUAUGCCCUGGCUAUCCACACUCAAAACCAACAGAAAGUAUCGUGGAUCUGAGUCAUUUCCGCUUGAUACCAAGAGCUGAAUACGUGGACUCCCCUGCUGGUACUGACAACGCGCUGUAUAAUUCCUCUUUUGUGGAAGAAGACUACGUCCAAACAGCCACCAGACUUGUUCAGACCAUCUCACCGGGAACAAGCUUCCGACUCAUUGGCAAUCAUUAUGUUGGAGACAAUGGGGUCAGUCAUGUGUAUUUCCGCCAGACCCUCCAUGGAAUCGAUAUCGAGAAUGCCGAUUUCAAUGUCAAUGUUGACAGAAACGGAGAGAUAUUCUCCUAUGGCAACUCCUUCUUCGCUGGCGCCUUCCCAGCGGGCAAUUCGCCAACUCAAAGUGAUCUCUUAGAUCCGAUCAUUGCUCUUCGGGCCGCAACAGAGACACUGCAUCUUCCCAUCACCAUCGACACAGUCACGAUAGCAGCAGACAAAACAAACGACACCUACACCCUCCAAGGAACCACAGGCACAGUAUCCGACCCAAUUGCCCAGCUAGUCUACUUUAUCACCGCAGACGGCAAUCUCGCCUUGACAUGGCGCAUCGAGACAGACAUCUACGACCACUGGCUUCUGACAUACGUUGACGCCGCCACCAGCGAAAGAAUCCACGGCGUAGUCGACUAUGUAUCGCAGGCCUCAUACCUAGUUUACCCAUGGGGCACCAACGACCCGGACGACGGAACCCGGACGCGCACGAUUGUCAGCAAUCCAUGGGACCUGAGCUCAUCGCCGUACGCCUGGCACAGCGACGGGGUAACGAACUUCACGACGACGCGAGGCAAUAAUGCGAUCGCGCAAUGGAACCCAAGCGGCGGACGGUCGUACAAGAACAACUACCGGCCGGUAUCACCGACACUGCAGUUCCACUACCCGUACGCGCCCAACCGGGCCACGCAUCCGGCGGCGUACAUCAACGCCUCGAUCACGCAGCUCUUCUACACGGUCAACGCGUACCACGACCUCCUGUACCAGCUGGGCUUCACUGAGAAAGCGGGCAACUUCGAGUUCAACAACGGCAACCGCGGCGGCCGUCCGCACGACUACGUGAUCCUCAACGCCCAGGACGGCUCCGGCAACGACAAUGCCAACUUCGCCGCGCCGCCCGAUGGCAUCCCCGGCCGCAUGAACAUGUUCCUGUGGACCGAGUCCGAGUCUGAUGAGGCGGUCGUCCGUGACGGGAGCUUCGACGCCGGCAUCGUCAUCCAUGAGUAUACCCAUGGCUUAUCAACCCGUCUGACCGGCGGCCCUCACAAUUCCGGCUGCCUCAGCUCCCUCGAAUCCGCCGGCAUGGGCGAGGGCUGGGGCGACUUCAUGGCCACUGCCAUCCGCAUCAAGCCCGCCGACUCGCGCAAUACCUCCUACACCGUCGGCGCCUGGGCCGCCGCCAACCCCGCCGGUGUGCGCGCCUAUCCAUACUCCACCUCGCUGACUGAGAACCCCCUGUCGUAUACGAAUGUCAAUGAGUUCGAGGGCGUCCAUGGUAUCGGAACCGUGUGGGCGUCGAUGCUGUAUGAGGUGAUGUGGUAUCUGAUGGAGCGGUACGGAAUUAGCCGUGGGGAGGAGGAGGAG